CUUUUUGCCUUUACCUUGCGCAUGCGCAGUUCUGCGAGUCUGACCUUCAUAGGAGUAACCAUGUUCGCCAGGACCAGCGCGUUGGUGUUCUCCCCACAAUGUGGGCAGGUCAGGAACAUGGCCACCUUGAAGGACAUCACCCUUCGGUUGAAGUCCAUCAAGAACAUCCAGAAAAUCACCAAGUCCAUGAAGAUGGUGGCCGCUGCCAAGUAUGCUCGUGCUGAGAGGCAGCUGAAGCCAGCCAGAGUCUAUGGCACUGGUGCUCUGGCCCUCUACGAGAAGGCCGAAAUCAAAGCGCCGGAGGACAAGACCGCCAAGCAUUUGCUCAUUGGUGUGACGUCGGACCGUGGACUCUGUGGUGCCAUCCACACUGGUGUGGCCAAGCUCAUUAAGAGCGAGAUCGCCAGCCUGACCAGCGCUGGCAACGAGGUCAUGGUGGUCAAUGUGGGAGACAAGCUGAGGAACCUGCUGCACAGGUCCCAUGGACAGCACAUCAUUAUGAACUGUAAGGAGGUGGGCCGCAAGCCCCCCAGCUUCAGUGACGCUUCAAUCGUCGCAGCCGAGCUGCUCAACUCUGGAUAUGAGUUUGACCAGGGCACCGUCUUCUUCAACAAAUUCAAGUCUGUUAUCUCAUACAAGACGGACAGGAAGCCUUUGUUUUCCACUGAAACAAUUACUAACUCAGAGAGUAUGGGAAUCUAUGACGACAUUGAUGCUGACGUGCUGAGGAACUACCAGGAGUUUGCUCUGGUCAACGUCAUCUACCUGGCCAUGAAGGAGUCCACCACUUCUGAGCAGAGUGCCAGGAUGACUGCUAUGGACAACGCCAGCAAGAACGCCUCUGACAUCAUUGAAAAGCUGACCCUCAAAUUCAACCGUACCCGACAGGCCGUCAUCACCAAGGAGCUCAUUGAGAUCAUCUCUGGAGCUGCUGCUCUGAACUGAGGCUUGUUUUAACAGAGGAGCUAAACGGGCGAGAUCUUCGUUUCCAUUACCUAUAGUUCUUCAAAGUACUCUGGACACAUGUUGUCGGAAGUCUAUGAACAUUUGUGCUUCUAUUUGUAAAAUAUAUGGCAAAAAUAAACCUUAUAGAACCCUCAUGCUUUUCAUCAGUCCCUGUAUCUGUCGUUCCUCACAAUAAAUGCUGAUGACUGAG